GGCAAAGAAGAAGAAGAGAUCGUUUGCACUCGGGCCUUCAACGGUGAAUUUUCCCACCUGAGGACCUGCGUGUUGUGGACAGCAAAAAGCCCCAGAGGUCGGAAGCGCACUUCACUGCCCCUGAACCACGCACUAGAAUUUCUCCUGGAGCCCUAGCGCCGAUGUAUCAAGCCAAAGGUUCAUCAGGAAAAGGGGGCAGUUACGACACUGCCAAGGUGAGCCGUUCUGCUCCAGAAUUUGGCUCCAGAACUGUGGCUCAUUCGGGAUAUCCAGAAACUAUUCGGCCAUCAUCUUCCUACUCCAUGCCCGACCUCAUGAGGGCCGGCGCAGCGCCAUGGUGGGGAGGAGUCCCUAUGAUGGAAAUGAUGAUGCGACCACCCGGUCACCGAAUGCCAGGAGGGGCGAUACCGGAGGUGCACACAUACGGACCCACAUCCAGAGGAGCCGCAGAAACUUCGCACGGAAGAAGCAUGCAGAGAACGUCAAUGCCACGAAUGCCGGGUUUUCUUCCACCUCCAGGAAUGGCCAUGUUUCCGGGCUACCCACUGCCACAGAUGGCUGCGCCGCGUGGAUCAUUUCCUUCCCCCUAUUUUCCUGGGGCACCAAGAAGGAUGCCCCGGAUGAUGCCUGGAAUGGUGCCUGGAAUGAGGCCCGGGAUGAUGCCGGGCAUGAUGCCUGGAUUCAUGCCUGGUGGGAUGCCUAGAAUGUUUCCUGGCUUUCCGCCAGGCACUACACCCGGUUAUCCCUUGGCUCCUGGCAUGAUGCCUGGUUUCGCUCCAAUGCACCCCCAGCUGCCUGCAACGAUGAUGUCACCUUACGGGCAAGGCAGUUUUAUGCCCUACCCGAUGUCCGUUCCCGUGCCUGGAGGAGGAGCUGGAGGCAGUGGUGUAACCAUAAUCACCGGGGGUUCGUCUCUUGCACCCCAGCAGCCGUACCCUUACGCUCCACCGUACCAGUACCCACCGCCGGAGCAGCAAACGCAGGGGAACGCUAUGGCAGAGGCUGCGGCCAUGAUGAUGAUGAUGCAGCAGAUGCGAUCCAUGAUGUCUCGCCGCGGUAGCAGACGAAGACAGCCGAGGCCGCGCGGCAGGGCCCCGGCCGAGUCGCACUCCCCAUCGCCACCCUCGCCGCCCGACGCCGCCGCAGAUGACAAAGGGCUCAAGAAAUCCGCGACCAAGGCUGGGCAGGAUUCUGCGGAGUCGCUCGGCAAGAAGAGUGUCCCGAAACCUGAAGUCGGCAAAGCUCCCAAGGAAGUUGACCUCUCGUUAAAACCCGAGAAGCCGGCUGGAAAGGAAGCGAAGGAACAAAAAAGUAAGGAAGUUGAGGGUGGGACUGAGCGAACUGAAACAGAUGCAGGCGUCAAGAAGGCCGAUAGCACCAUUACACCUAAGUCACAUUCAGGGAUGCAGCAGACCACGGGCAAAGGACCCGACUCGAGUGCCCCUUCCCUUAGCCUCAAUUUUCCAAGCACAACGGCUCUCGGUCACCACGUGACGGCAUCGGACGAGGAGACCGAAGCACAGCACCCUUUCAACUGGAUCGGUCUAUGCUGCUACGCUCUGUUCGUCGGUUUUCUCGUGUGCCUCGUUGUUAUGGCCAUUGCACCGACUGUGUUGUGGACUUUGCUGGACUUUUUCGGCAUAUCGAAAGCAGAAAAAACGCCCAAGACUGUAAGCGUUGAAAGUGAGAACAUGACCACCCUUGUCCAGCAAUUUGACAUCGACGUUGUCUCGACGGAAGCGCCGUUUUUCUAUAUGGCCGAAACCUUUGGGGAAAUUGGCGUCGAUGACGAUCUCCAGGACGGCGCGUUCGCAGAAGUCGAAGCGUGGCGGAACAACUCGGGCUGGCCUAUUGAUUGGCAACGAAUACUCGGCGCCAUCCCGAAAACAGAACACGAAGUCGCGAAUCAAACUACGCCCCGCUUGCCGUAUCCUAGGACAAACGACCGAUUUCCACAUCGAAAAAGCCGAACCACCGAUGAUAAAACUGUGUGGCGCCAACGUUACGUGUCUAAACGUUAUAACCAACACCAGGGGUCUCCGCUUGAGCUUGGUGCAAUCGGAGACAAAAGCGCCGGUGAUGCCCAAAGUUCGCUGAAAGGGAAGGACCGCGCUGAUGAUGACAAGCCUACCAACGUGACUGCUUCGAUAGACUCGGCGUGGCAUAGUGCUUCUUCAGCGACGCAAACAUCCGAAUACGCUGUCCAGCCACCUUCCACAAAGAUCGAAGGAACAACCAAGUCUGCGAUCAGGGAGUUGAUAGACAACCUCCUGCUGAAACGACCUCAAGCUUCGACAGCCCCACCAACACAGUGGCCCCUGCAAGGUAGGCUGCCCUUUCUACCGAGGACUGUGUACUUCGAGUGGAUUCCGACGCAGCAAAUUCCGACAACUGCGGCCCGGAGGCGGAGGACUCGAUGGCGUGGUGGCGAUGUAACCCUGAGCUUCCAGAUGCCCGAGGUUCCGACGCUUGACAUAGGAAAGGUUAUUUUUUACAAGGUGUUCCGUGACUUCGGCGACGAGGAGACAACGCCCGCGUAAAAGAAUUGCUAGAAGUCUAAAAACCAACCGAGCAGGAAUUCAAAGAGUUUAGUACUGUACUUAUGAUCGCAUGCUAUAUUUGAUGGCGCACCUCACUUUUUUUUAUGUUGCCGCAGAUAAUUGUUUCCCGGUAUAUGUGUACAUAUCUUGGAACCCCUUCAUUUCAAUGCACUAUAGGCUGUGCUGCUCAGUGGCUGCAAUAGUGGAACUUGUUGAUCUAUAAUUUAUGAUUUCGCCAUUUAUGACCAUUAGGCAUAAGUCAUUGAAGCCGUAUUCAAGUUUUGGUGCUGCUUUUGUAUAAAAGUUUCACAUUUACUCGUAUAGUGCUCGUCUCAAAAGCUUUGCUCUUGUAAUUUACAAUGGUCUAUCUCUUAGCAGCUACAUAGUCGCUUGCCUCAUUCCUUAGGUCAUAGUUCAACAUCCCUAUAGAUUUCACGGGUGAAUAGAAAUCUAAAACAUUACGACAAAAAUUCUACUCCGGCAAAUUCUAGUCUCGUCGUGGGGAUGUCAAAUCCACAGGCGGUGGAAGAAAAACAGAGAGACUGUGCGUUUAAAUUAUUAGUGUUUACUCCUGUGAGAGUUGUGGCUACCGUUUGUUCAAAAGGACUUGUCGCUGGGCAAAUUGGUGUUUUUUUUUGUUCUAACGAGCACCACAGAAGAGAAC